UUUCCCGGCCUCUUCCGGUUCCGCUGCGGGCCGAGGCCUGCCAGCGGGCCUUGUCUCGUUUUGACUGUUUGCCGAGCCGGCUCUCAGCCCUUGGAGGAUGAGGAAACCCCGCGGUGGAGGUGGCGGCGGCUGAGGAAGCCCGGCCCGAGAGCCGCCAAUGGAGGAGAAGUUCAGCGGGAGCGGCGGCGAGGCCCUGGCCGGAGGCGGGCGGCUGGGGCCCGUGGAUGUGCCCAGUGCCCGCCUGACUAAAUAUAUUGUGUUGCUGUGUUUAACAAAGUUUUUGAAGGCUUUGGGAUUGUUUGAAUCCUACGACCUCCUGAAAGUAGUCCACCUUGUACAGUUUAUCUUCAUAGUAAAGCUUGGGUCUGCAUUUUUUAUGAUUUUGUUUCAAAAACCAUUUUCUUCUGGAAAACCUGUCACCAAGCAUCAGUGGAUCAAAAUAAUUAAACAUGCUAUUGUUGGCUGCAUAAUUUCACUCUUGUGGUUUUUUGGCCUCACCCUGUGUGGACCUUUAAGAACUGCGUUGCUGUUUGAGCAUAGUGAUAUUGUUGUAAUUUCGCUGCUUAGUGUACUAUUUACAAGUUCAGGAGGAGGACCAGCAAAGACAAGAGGUGUGGCCUUUUUCAUUAUUGCUGUGAUCUGUCUGUUGCUUUUUGAUAAUGAUGACCUCAUGGCUAAAAUUGCAGAACACCCUGAGGGGCACCAUGACAGUGCUCUAACCCAUAUACUUUAUACAAUCAUCGCUUUCUUAGGAGUUGCAGAUCACAAAGGUGGCGUGAUCUUGCUUGUAUUAGCAUUGUGUUGUAAAGUUGGUUUUCACACAGCUUCCCGAAAGCUCUCAAUAGAUAUUGGUGGAGCCAAACGCCUUCAAUCAUUGUCUCAUCUGGUUUCUGUCCUCCUUUUGUGUCCCUGGGUGAUUGUUUUGUCUCUCACGACAGAGAGUAAAGUAGAAUCCUGGUCUUCUCUCAUCAUGCCCUUCAUAACAGUUAUCCUUUUCGUCGUGGUUUUGGACUUCUAUGUAGAAUCUAUGUGUUCCAUCAAGAUGGAGGUCUCAAAGUGUGCCCGUUUUGGAUCCUUUCUCAUCUUCAUUAGUGCUCUACUUUUUGCCAACUUUUGGACACAUCCAAUAACAGAUCAGCUUAGAGCUAUGAAUAAACCAGCAAACCAGGAAACCACUGAGCACGUUAUUUCUGGAGGAGUGAUAGUCAGCACCGUUUUCUUUAUUUUAUCUUCCAAUAUUCUCUCCUCCCCAACACGGAAAGGACAGAAAGGCACUCUUAUUGGUUAUUCUCCUGAGGGAAUACCACUGUACAAUUUUAUGGGUGAUGCUUUUCAACACAGCUCUCAGUCCUUACCACGAUUUAUUAAAGAAUCACUGAAACAAAUCCUUGAGGAGUCUGACUCAAGGCAGAUCUUCUAUUUUCUGUGCCUAAAUCUGGCUUUUACUUUUGUGGAACUAUUUUAUGGUGUAUGGACCAACAGUCUAGGAUUAAUCUCAGAUGGAUUUCACAUGCUUUUUGACUGUUCUGCUUUAGUUAUGGGUCUGUUUGCAGCACUGAUGACUAGAUGGAAAGCAACCCGCAUAUUCUCCUAUGGGUUUGGCCGUGUAGAAAUUCUCUCUGGGUUUAUUAAUGGCCUUUUUCUCAUGGUAAUAGCUUUCUUUGUCUUCAUUGAAUCUGUGGCCAGACUGGUUGAUCCUCCAGAUAUUGAUACAAAUAUGUUGACUCCUGUCUCAGUAGGAGGAUUGUUAGUAAACCUUGUUGGUAUCUGUGCCUUUAGCCACGCCCAUUCCCAUGGGCCAUCUCGAGGAGGAUGCCAUGCACAUGAACACAGUCAUUCACACCACGGCCAUGGCCAUUCCCAUAGUGACUAUGGGCACAAUCAUAAUCAUGGACACUCACAUGGGUCAAUAGGAGGUGGUAUGAACACCAAUAUGAGAGGAGUGUUCCUGCAUGUCUUGGCAGACACCCUUGGUAGUGUUGGUGUGAUCAUAUCAACGAUACUCAUCCAGCAGUUUGGAUGGCUCAUAGCUGAUCCCCUCUGCUCUCUCUUUAUUGCUACACUGAUUUUUCUCAGUGUUAUCCCACUGAUAAAAGAUGCUUGCCAGGUACUCUUGUUGAGGCUGCCACCAGAGCAUGAAAAAGAUCUGCACUUGGCUUUAGAAAAGAUCCCGAAAAUUGAUGGUGUCAUCUCCUACAGAGAUCCUCAUUUCUGGUGUCACUCUGCUAAUGUUGUAGCAGGGACUAUACAUGUACAAGUGAUGUCAGAAGUAAUGGAACAAAGAAUUAUACAGCAGGUUUCAGCAGUUCUUAAAGAUGCUGGAGUUAACAAUUUAACUGUCCAGGUAGAAAAAGAAGCCUAUUUUCAGCAUAUGUCUGGCCUGAGUACAGGAUUUCAUGAUGUUCUUGCUAUGACAAAACAAAUGGAAUCCAUGAAAUACUACAAAGAUGGCACUUACAUCAUGUAAUUUGGAGCUGCAUAUUUAGGAUUCACUACCUGUAUUUCAUCAGGGGAAUUUGCACAUAAAUGUACAGAAACAAAUAUACUAUAUAUUUGGAUUUUAAGAAAAAUGUUACAUACCUUUAAAACCAGAUCAAGAGGCUUAAAAAGAGGUGUGACGAGUAGAACAUAUGCUGUAUAUGUGGAAAUAAUGGCAUUGUAAAAUAUUGUAUUUGGUGUCUAUUAAACAGAUUUUGCUAUAUGAGUGUGGAUGAGAAAAAUGUAUUGCACACCUCCCCCAAAAAGGAAUAUUGAGCAUUUCUCUUCCAUCUCAAACCUAAAGGAAAACAUUUUAGGUUGCAACAGAAACAAAUAGACUCCAAAAACUAUUUCUUCAAAAUUGUUUUGAAGUCUUGCUGCUGUAUGUGUAUUUACACAUUAAAUGAGUGCAAAUAAGAUUUUCAAAGUUCAGAGAUACAAAUGAAUAUGUACAAUUUUAUAUUUAUUCCAUUUCUGUAUAUAGUCCUAUUUUCUAAGCUCAGCUUUGUUAAAUGAGGAGAAAUAGAUUCUACCAUAAAAAGAUUGUAAGCGAAGGGUUUUUUU